GGAAGUGCUCCUCGCUUCCCCCCGCCCCCUCCGGUUUGGUUCGUCCCACAGUCCCCCGCGCCUUCCUUUCCGACCUGUGCCCGGGCAGGAUGGCUCCAGCAAAGAAAGGUGGAGAAAAGAAGAAGGGGAGAUCUGCCAUCAAUGAGGUGGUGACUAGGGAAUAUACCAUCAACAUUCACAAACGGAUCCAUGGAGUGGGAUUCAAGAAACGUGCCCCCCGUGCUCUCAAGGAGAUCCGUAAAUUUGCAAUGAAGGAGAUGGGUACUCCUGAUGUACGCAUUGACACCAGAUUGAACAAAGCGGUCUGGGCCAAAGGGAUAAGGAAUGUUCCCUACCGCAUCCGUGUACGUUUAUCCAGAAAACGCAAUGAGGAUGAAGAUUCACCCAACAAACUCUACACGCUGGUUACCUAUGUACCAGUCACCACUUUCAAAAGUCUACAGACAGUCAAUGUAGAUGAAAACUAAACUGAUUUUCAGGACAAUAAAGUUAUAAAAAUGA